AUGGCAUCCACCGAGACCUCUACGGCCCGGGUUUCCGGGCAAACUGACUUUAUCUUGAUCAAAGGAGCGACCAUAAUCACCGUCAAUGAUGAGGAGGACAUCCUCGAAGAUUGCGAUAUUCUCAUCCAAGGAGACCGCAUCGCCGCCCUGGGCAAGAAUCUCUCUCAGCCAGAGGGGUUAACUGGGGAAGUAAUUGAUGGCACAGACUCCAUUGUCAUCCCAGGCUUUGUCGAUGGUCACCAUCACAUGUGGCAGCAGAUGCUCCGUGGCGUCGCUACCGAUUGGUCUUUGCUCGACUACAUGAUCAGCAUGCGGAGUGUGUACGGCAGUCUCUUCACGCCUGAGGAUGUCUACCUGUCUACCUAUGUCGGUGCGCUGAGCCUGCUGAACAAUGGCAUCACUUCUGUGCUGGAUCACUGUCAUAUCAUCAAUUCUCCGGAUCACGCAGACGCGGCUGUAAAGGCGCUCAAAGACGCCGGUAUCCGUGGGACAUUUUGUUACGGAUUUUACGCGAACCCGCCCGUUGAUGAUUCUGGAGCUUCAUCUACGACACCCGAAUUCUCACACUCAGAGCGACUCGCCGACGCUGCGAGGAUUCGAGAGAAGUACUUUGGCGAUAACCAUCCGGGGCGUCAGCUUCUGACAUUUGGAGUCGCUCCUAAUGAAGUUGAAGUGCAGGAUUUUGACGACACAGCCCGCGAGAUUGCCGAAGCCCGUGGCCUUGGAGCCCGCAUCGUCACCAUGCAUGUCGCCCACGGCCCCAUGGAUCUUCUUCACAAAGAGACAGUGCAGAAGCUCGCUGAUGCCGGUGCACUGAAGUCUGAUCUCGUCUUUGCACACGGUGCUUCAUUCACCGACAGCGAGCUACGCGAGAUCUGCACCUCAGGAGCUGGUGUUGUGAGCACCCCCGACACCGAGCUGCAGAUGGGCAUGGGGUUCCCUGUGGCCUUUAGAGCUCGGGACGGAGGUUGCCGAGCCGGGUUGGGUAUUGACAUCACUUCAAACCAGGGAAACGACUUCAUUGCGCAGAUGAGACUCGCUUUGCAGACACAGCGUGCUGUGGAGAAUGAGAAGCGCGUACCUGUCACUGUGUCGCGCAAAACAUCAGAGGUUCUGCGAAUGGCUACUAUUGGUGGAGCUGAAGUGAUGAGGAUUGACGACUUGGUCGGGAGCCUUGUGGUCGGGAUGAAAGCAGAUGUGGUCAUGAUUAAAUGUAAUGACAUUGAGAGUAGCCCUGUCUCGAGUGCUACAGGGGCCGUGGUCUUCAAUGCUUCAGUGGGGCAUAUCGAUACUGUUAUCGUGGAUGGCCAAGUGAAGAAGCGGAAUGGAAAGCUUGUGGCAGAUUGGGAGCCAUUGAGGGAUGAAAUGCGACGUCGUGCAACGGCCAUCAAGACCAAGGCGGCGGGACAUGACUUGGAGGCCGCACGAGAGCGUUGGAUGGGCCCUGUCAAGCUGUGA